GGCCCAGGGUCAUUGUUGGAGGCCUAAAUGUUGCUAUGACUACUGCAGCCUUGGUGACUGAACUAAACAGAAAGGAGAGCCUGCUCAGUCUCCUCAGACUUAAGCAAGCAAGUCUGUAGACAUGUCUGCGGAAAAGAUAACAAAAGUAGAAGAGAACUUUCAAAGGGCCCUAGAAUUUAAGAAGAUGGUCAACAGGUGGCAAACUUCACAUAUUCACUGUGCAUGGCAGAUGACAUUGAGCCAGAGGAGAAACCCAUACACCAUCCUAAGGAUGCAGGAUGACAUGGUAAAGGAAUUGGCACUGGCCAACAAACAACUACUGAAGGUCCGUCAAGCUGCCCUGCACCAGCUGUUUGAAAAGGAGCAUCAGCAGUACCAGCAAGAACUAAAUCAGAUGGGCAAAGCUUUUUAUGUGGAGAGACUCUGACAGCCUCCGAAACACUGCUCUUCCCUUCUUGCCAUACCUGCUAAAGUAGCCUUCUUGAGCCUCUACUACCUUGAACUUCCUUCCCCAAACAGAC